GGCACGGAGAACUCUCGCUCAUCGUCCUCGCCUUGCCGCCGUCGUCCCUAUUUGCCUUCGCCGCCGUCGUCCCUAUUUGCCUUCGCCGCCCGUGAGUUUGCAAUCUUGGAAAUUUUGGAGUUUUUGGUGUAAAUUUGGUAACAAGAGGGCAUGUGCGGAUGAAUCUUCUUCCUACAUAUUCGUGUGAGGAGAGAUAUGAAUUCCCAAGCAGAAGUUGAGCAAUGGGAAGCUCUUGACCUUGGUGAUUCUGAGCUCCCGUCUUUUCUCCGCCCUUGCAAACGGAAAUCUCCAUCUAGCUCUCUGCAACCGCCUGCGCAACAACAGAAUCCAAAGGCUGGUUUUAAUAGUAACACAAAUCACCAUCAGACUCUCCACCGCUGCUCCUCGUCAAAUCAGUUUCUAGAGGACAGUUAUUCGCGCUCCUUAAUUCCAGGCCCUGCUGGAGUUGUUCAAGUUGCAAUCCGCAGAAAGAUGAAUAAGGAUCCAAAAUCGUUCAAUGAGCGCGGAGAACCAAUUCCAACUCAAGAGUUCCUACGUAAGGCUGCAGAAGAGCCUGAUUGGGAAGACAAGGAUUUCUCUGAGGACCCGUGGGUCUCUGCUGUUGAUUACAUCAGAAGUGAAGGUUUGUUGAGCAAAGGUGGAAAUGCUAUAGGGACACCAGUGAGCGAGAUUAAGAGCAGAUGUGACAGUUGGGGUAAAGUUGAACAGGUUGUGGCAAUUGUCAAAACUCGCACUCCAAAUGGUCUAGGUGAUGUCAUGGUGACUCUUAAGGAUCCCACUGGAACAAUUGAUGCCAGUGUGCACAGAAAAGUUAUCUCUGAGGGUGAAUUUGGAAGAGAUAUAAGAGUUGGUGCAGUGAUGAUACUUAAGCAGGUUGCAGUCUGCGCACCUUCACGGUCAUCAACCUAUCUUAACAUAACACUGAAGAACAUCUACAAGGUUAUCACAAAGGAUACUCCUGUUUUACCAAAGCAGAACGAUUCUGAAAUGGGUGCCAAGAAUCCUGUUCCUGUGAAUGAAAACGAGGAAGAUUUGCGACUGCAACCCAAAGUGUUUACCGUGGAGCAAGGAACUACCCAAGGGAUCCUGAACAAUCUCAGACAAAAUGCUACAAAAAGCAGUGAAGCACUCAAUGAUGUAGAAAUGGUAGAAAUUGAUCCAACAGAGGCAAGCAACUUCUGUCCAAAAGAGGAUGUGACCAAGAAUCGUUGUGAAGUUAGAAUGGAGCAGACCCGGCUGGGAAAACAUGAUUCAAUCAGCCAAACAGAGCAACAACUGCAUGAAGACGUAGCUACUGAGACUGAUACAGGUGAUGGCAUUAGACCUGCUAAACAGAUCAGACGAAGUCCUGAUGAGCAAGGGAGUGUAAACGGGAACUCUGAUGAAGUUACAGCUCGAACUAUGGUCCACAAAUCUCAACCGAUGGCAUCAACAAGCUCGUUGCCACAGUGGACAGACGAUCAACUUGAAGAACUCUUUGCUUUUGAUGACUAAAAUGGACAGUUAGGAUUUCUAUUGAUGUAGGGAACUAGGAAGUAGGAACAAUUCCACUUUUCCAUAUAGAGAGAAUGGAAAUAAAUUGUAAAGCAGUUACAGAAAUGCUGAAACAAUUUACAGAAAUUUUCAACCACGAAGAGGAAUCUAAUACCCAUCACAUAA